GUGGAUGCUUCAUUGUCUUCAUUUUGGAGCUAGCACCAUCAUUUUGACAAGCGAAAAAAUUCGUUGGAACAAUUUCCCGGUCAUUAUUGAGCUUAUUAGAGCUGGUCAUCUCUGCAGAAAUAUUAUGACAGUGCUUCUGUGGUAGAAGUUGACAUAUGAAUAUCUUUCAAGGAACCUUUGGCAGCCUAACAACCGCUUCGAGCAAAAGAAUACGAUGCGCAGUCCAUCGCCACAGGCUUGAAAUUGUGUCAUGCUAGGUUCAACUGCGUCAGAGAAUUUGGCUUGUACGGACGAAGUCAAGGUAUAUGAAGAUGAAGGAGAGGAGGAGGAGCAGCAAAAGUCGUCGGAAAAUUUGACGGAAGACAAAGUUAGGCUUGUGAUAGAGAGCGAAACUCAGAUCCCCAGGAUAUUUGACUUCUUCGGGAAGAAUGGAGGAACUUCAUUAUUCAAAGUUCCCUUCCCAACCGAUCCUCGAUUGGCGAGUUACUUCCUCCCAGGAUAUCCUGCGGCAAUUGCCGCAGCCAUGGCAGCUGUUAACGCAGCCUCCGCCGCAUCAACCUCUCCAAGCGGUCUGACACAUUCAUCAUUCUCGAGGUCCAAUAGUGAAACUCCUGGUUUUACCACUUCACAUUCACCGUGGCUCGGAAACACCGCACCCACCAUCAGUCAUCCUUCCUUGUGGCCCACAACUACCAGCAACCUUACCGGUGUCAGUGGCAGUGGAACUGCAACUGGUGGUUGCUCUUCGGCAUCUUCGGGCUACGCCAGCUCCGAAGGAAGCAAUGGCACAGGUGGCUGGUUUCACUCGGCUGUCUCACCCAGUGGAUUUAAUUUUUCCCAGUACUACCCUUACAAUACCGCCCAGGGAACAGGUUCUCAUCCGCCACCAUCACGAUUCCCUACCCACCUUCCAGGACGACCUGGAGACACGAACCCAGAGACCACCACAUUCACCUGCUCUCAAGCACAUUCCAAUUAUACGAGUUCCUUGGGCUUAUCAACGUAUGGUGGAUCUGUCAAGAACUCCAUGAGUCUUAGUUCGCAUCUUUCUCCAUACCUGGCAAAUCCAUUUGGGCUAAUGCCCUUCUACGACCCGUUCGGGUGCAGCGCAGCGGCAGCCGCGGCAGCCGCUGCAGCAGCGGCCGCAGCAGCAGCAGCGGCUUACUCUCAAACUGUCGCAAGCCCUGACCGGUCACAACUUUGCGGAUCUAAACAGCAAACGGAAGAGCCGAUUCCCAAAGUCGUUAAAGAAGAACGUCAAUUAUCCAACGGCACGCACAAAUUCGGCCCCGGCUCCCACCCAUCUGUCAGUACCAGUCCUGAACCUUCUACCCAAACCCUUAUAAGUGACCAUAGUCCGUCGGGCCCAGCAGGCAUUCGGUGGGGCUCGUCAACUGGCCAUACAGCUCAGACGUACGGACGCAGUCCUGAUGCAGAAAUCAGCCUCGAUCCCCACAAACUCUCCAACAUAACUUCAUCUGGUAUCUCCUUUAACAAUAAUCAGUCAUCAAAACCGCCAGUGAACCUCCCCAAUGGACCUGGAUCUUCGCCUCUCCCCUCCGCCUCCCCCGCCAAUUCCUCGCUUCAUACGUCACAGUCAAAUUUCUAUGCAGCUGCCGCGUGCGCUGCUGCCAUGGCAGCAGCAGUUGCUUCCUGGAGUGGCUCCGGGUCACCGAAGACUGUUAAUCCACAUACUCCUGGGUCAAGGCCACGAUCCCCAUCCACUACUUGCCGACUCCCUCCCAGUCCGGCGGCGCUAAGUAGUUGUCGCUCCAGAACCGUUUCUGGUGGUACAACAGCUCGGUCUCCCCUAACAACCGGUGUAGCAGCUUCAUCCUCACCUACAUCUAAUUUGGCCAGUGCGGCGGUAGCCGCGGCAGCUGCCCUCUCUCCGGCAGCUGCAACGCUAUACCAACGACGCGACACCAGCAGAACGUCGACAUCGAGCACCUCAAACGUGGCCAGUCCCUAUUCCCCGAGCAUGUUCGCUGCCGCCGCAGCGGCCCAUAUGCAUCUUCUCUCAGCCGCUGCAGCUGCCGCUUCACUCAACUCCGGUCUACCCACUACUUCUUCGGCAUCAUCUCAAUGUACUACCAUGACAAAUCCCGCACGCCUCCCAACACCGUCAUCCGCUUCUCGCGAAACGGACAUUUCAGAUGCCCGUGGUGCUCCAGGAGACACACGUAUCAAUGGAUCCUCUGUUCGAGGUGAUUCUUUAUGGCAGCAACAGAAACAACACCAACAGGCUGCCGCGAUGGCCGCAGCCGCCGUGGCAAUGAUGCAUCGUCCUAAUUCUGGUUCCCAUGAGGAUUCCCUUAGACGGUCGUCAUCACCCAUCAUGUCAUCUGGCGUAUGGUUCCGACGAGGAGGAAGUUUUGUUGCAAGAGGUCGGGGUCCUCGGAACAAACUUCUCACGAAAGAAUUAGACCAGGAUCGUCUAAUCUCGGCACGAUCGCGCUUAGACGAUGGGACAAUACCGGAGACUGGGAAACGCGGGUCACACAAUGCCUACACGAAAGGGCCGAUGCAUAUAAAGAAGCCACUCAACGCCUUCAUGCUUUUCAUGAAAGAAAUGCGUUCUCGUGUGCAAGAGGAGUGCACUCUAAAAGAAUCAGCAGCCAUAAACCAAGUUCUGGGUAAGAAGUGGCAUGAACUCUCACGAGAGGAACAAACUAAGUACUACGAAAUGGCUCGACGCGAGAAGGAACUACACCAACAGCUGUAUCCGAACUGGUCAGCUAGAGAUAACUAUGCCUAUCAUGCUCGGAGACGCAAACGACGGAGACAUCUACUUCGACGACAUUCGCUGCAUACACGCGUUUCGCGAUAUUCCCGUGUUAGUGCACCUGUACGACCCACACAGGAUCGAUUAUCUGCACCAGAUACGAAACCAUCAAACUCACCUUCAUCCCACUUGCAGCAACAACAACUUAUGGAUUGUGAAAAUGCUUCGAAUCGAUCUUCUCCACGAAGCCUCAUUGAUUUUGCACGAUCUCCUUCGCCUAUAUCCAACCCAUCGGCUAGUGUGAUCAGUUCGCAGCGUUGUAAAAGUCGACAUACGUUUUUAUCACAUUCGCAAAUAGAACCCAUUCCUGGUGUGUAUGCCUCACCGCCAGUCGGUCGGCCAUCAGAUGAUCUAGCUCGGUCACAACCAAGCUGUACGUUCAGGCAGUUAUCCCGCUCGCUCGACCGACAUACCUCAUCUCCUACGGAUAACUCCUAUACUAAUCUACGACAAGACGCUGCAAAAGCAGAACGAAAUAUCUCCCGCGCCGAUUCCUGUUCACCUCCAAGGAUUGUUGGGCAAUUGGACAUUUCGACUAAACGGUUGCACAAUGGCACCUCGGCUGGUGAGUCUUGCAAGGCGAAUGCACUUGAUCUAUGGCGUCCUAUACCGCACGCGCAACAACCUGGUAGAACACCAACUCCUUUUGGAAAUCCAGAUUUUGGUCCACCGACAACGACAAGGCUGCUUCAUAACUCUGACAAAUCGCCAGUAUCCUCAUCUAAUAGUUUUGCGAAGCCGGUUGAUGAGAGUUCGUUUAAUGGAUCUCAAAGACGUCCUCCUCCGGAAUCCGUGUGUGGCGGCUACCCGCGGUCUCCGGAUAUGUUUCCACCACGAAUUGCUGCAGCAGCUGCGGCUGCGAUGGCCGCUUCUAUGAAUUUUACGGCACCUAAUUUUAACAAUCACCAUCCACGUUCACCUCUCUCGCCAAUGGUCCCAAAUAGCUACAGACAUUCCUACUUCCAUCCAUCUUCUCCUAAACCUCCGCAACUGAGUUCAGCUCCGUUUAUGUCAAACACUCGAUCACCGUCCUCCCUUUUUGGGCCAAGACCCAUUGGAUCAGCAGCAAUCAAUGAACUGCUGGCUUCCAAUCGUAUAUCAGACUAUAGCCCCGGUCGGAUUGGUCCUGGCGGUAUCGGUCCAUCAUCGCCAACUACCGUGGCAGCCGUAGCAGCUGCUGCUGCCAUGGCAGCGAGUGAACUGACUGGAGGCAGUCUGAAAAAGUGUCGUGCACGUUUUGGUUUGGAGCAUCAAAAUAUGUGGUGCAAACCAUGUCGGCGGAAGAAGAAAUGCAUUCGGUUCAUCUCGGACUCGGAAGCUGAAGAAUUUCCUAUUGGUCCAACACAUCUUGGAUCUUCUCAGCUCAUUCUGGAUCACCCAGGAAUGAGGAUGGCUCAGAUGACUCAUCAAAGUUUGCCUAAUUUCAUUGAUCCGUUCUCUUCAACGGGAGGAAUUCGUUCCUCAGGUUUGGGUGCCUAUUCUUCACGUUUUCCUCCUGGACUACCCAGCCCAUUUUAUCCUGCUUCUUACCAAAAUCCGAACACGAGAGCAAGCAUAGCGAUGCGCUCCAAACCUGCAUUUUCCGUUCCGACUGAAUUCACUCUACCGAUGAAUAAUCCAAAUAAUCCAAUAUGUCGACCUCCCGCUGCUUUAUCAUACUCCAAAAUUCCCUCACGCACAUCACACGGUUUUCACCAGCAUGCUGCUGAACCUGAGUCUCUCAGUUUACGUUCACUGCAACGAGAUGCACAUAAUGAAAUUCCUCGCCCUUGGCGUUCCAGCAAAGAUCCACACGCCUUCAACUGGCCCUGUGCGCCGUCGAGUGUGUGCGCAGCAAGAAAUGCUCAUCAUCCAGAUAAUUCAACCGAACCAUCGUACUCCACUCCGGCACCACUACGAACCAACCGAGAUCACGUGAAUCCUUUUUGUCGAGAUAUAAGUCGACGCGUUUUUCGUCCAGACGAGUCAGACAUGGCAACGGAUCUAUCGCCGGCCAGUGCAGCAGUUAAACUGACCAAACCUUCGGUUCACGAACUGUUAGACAACAGUAUUUCUUGCGACACAAUUAAUUCGUAUGCUACUGUUCCAUCUCGUCACGAACAAGAUGCUGCCGUUUCACACCCCAGUAACUUCCAACCUCCCGAGUGCAAAAGAUCACGUGGUCCAGACGAUCAUACCGAUCCUCUGCUAACAUCUGUUUCCUCAAGUCCAUUUGUCAGCUUACCCACAGCUGAAAACCAUGUGACUACAGAUCCUAAUGGAUCGGAAAGAUGCCUUUCUCCAACCACUGCUCUGAAUCUGAAAUUACUCGAAAAUUCCCAUCCAUCUGGAAUACCCGACACGUCAGUAAACCAUAUUGACAAGCAUCUGAACGAAAGUGAAGGUAGCGGGGCAGGCAGUCUCUCAGAUACGCCUACGACACCGACAAGCGAGCCUAACCUAUUGGAUCAGAAUAACUCGACAAACAAAGAAUAUUUUGUCAAAGAAAUCCCCCCUAGCACAUCAACGUGAUUGAAGUGCGAGAGUAUCUUAAGUUCAUGCAUAUUCAUGUUUCAUAAUCUCCCCGCACCCCGGGUUUACUAGGUUCCUGCGAUUCGAUCUUGUAGUUAUUGCUCGACAGUCACGGUAACUUACUCUUUGCCCUUUUUUUGAAGUAAUCCCACCAUGCAUUCUGUUUCGACUCCAAUUUGUAAGUGUAAUGUUCCGGAUACUUACGAAGCUUACUUGGAUAAAACUUCCCAACAUGUGCAUUCCCUCUCCUCAAUCCACAGAUUUCCGACGAUUGUUUCCGUCAUCAUUGGGAGUUGGUGAGACUUAUGUACAAAAACGCAAACCUAGGUAAUCACCAGAAUAAAUUUUUUGUAUCAUACAGUGUACAGUUACUGUGGCGCUGGCCGUGCUCUUCUCCAUCUCUUCUUCCCUUUUUCAUUCUGUGUUCUUUCAGUUGCUUGUCUUUUCCCGUGUUUCCUUGCUAUCCGGCCUAGUGAAACUCACCUUUUCAAUCGCUCUCCUUCCCCUAAUCUUCCCUAUCCUCACAAAUGCGCAGCCAGCAGCAUCUUGAACUGAGGGCCGUCUUUUACUUGAUAACUAGGGAUCAGAUGGAGCAAGCAAUGUGCUUUUCCGCUUCGGGCAUUGUUUCCAGUUAUCAAUCUUUCCAAACCACCGUUUCAGGUCGGAUAUUAUUCGAACCCGUCGAUUAGUGUGACUGACUACUUUGACACUGUUUGUGGAGACCUGGCUGACAUCGUCAACAUUACCGGUUCGUCUACAUCUGCAGCUGUAAACUCGAAUUAUUGUGCACAUAGAGACCGUAAAAUACUUGAUAGUCACUGAGUUGCUACCCACCUGACUAGUAUACUCUGUCUUCUUGUCGUAUCCACUCUGCGUUGCUGAUGAGUUGAUCGGUCAUGUAUUGACCACUGCCGUGUGAUAUCGCUUUCCUUCUUUGGGCGCCUCUGCUUAUGUGACGGUUGUACUUACUACUUGGAUGUUGUACUUUUCAUCUGCACACACAAACACAUGUUUCAGUCAGCAUUUUGACCCAAACCGGUUGACCCGCCUCUGUUUCACCUGGGUGGAACGAAAACCUGGUAAUUUCUGUCUGGUGGCACGUAUACAGGGACUGAACCCGAGACUAUGCCUAUGACAGGCUUAAAAUUAACACCUCCCUCCCGAGUUCUCUGUCACACACACUCCCUCUGUUGCCCAACUUCGAUCCACUAUCGGACAAACAGGGUUUCCCAGGAUGCAACUUCACUGAGUCCUCUACCCCGUUUCUCUCCUGCCUUGCUACUUGUUUUCCCCGACUCCACUCUGACUGUACAAUAAUAGUAUUCAUAAUGAAUUGAUAUUGAUAAUAUUGAUAAUAAUAUCAGUAAUAAAU